GGACGGGCAAGAAGCAGCGACCGCCACCCGCCCCGCCUUGCCCAGGCGCCCUCGGCAGCCCCCUCGCCCCUGCGGGGCCACAGCCGCUCCCGAGCCCGCCCGCCGCCCCUGUCUCCCGCGGCCGGCCCGAGCCCCGUGGCGCCAUGGGCUGCACCGUGAGCGCCGAGGACAAAGCGGCCGCCGAGCGCUCCAAGAUGAUCGACAAGAACCUCCGCGAGGACGGCGAGAAAGCGGCGCGGGAGGUGAAGCUGCUUCUCCUCGGUGCGGGAGAGUCGGGGAAGAGUACAAUUGUAAAACAGAUGAAAAUUAUCCAUGAGGAUGGAUACUCAGAAGAGGAAUGCCGACAGUAUAAAGCUGUGGUUUACAGUAACACCAUUCAGUCCAUUAUGGCUAUUAUCAAAGCAAUGGGUAACUUGCAGAUUGACUUCGGAGAUGCUGCCAGAGCGGAUGACGCUCGUCAAUUGUUUGCACUCUCUUGCACUGCGGAGGAGCAGGGAAUCAUGCCAGAAGACCUGGCCAACGUGAUCCGGAGGCUGUGGGCAGACACUGGAGUCCAAGCCUGUUUUAAUCGCUCUCGAGAAUAUCAGCUGAAUGACUCUGCUGCAUACUACCUGAAUGAUUUGGAGAGGAUAGCGAGGGGGGAUUACAUCCCAACCCAGCAGGAUGUGCUGAGAACUCGAGUGAAGACCACAGGCAUUGUGGAGACUCACUUUACUUUCAAGGAGCUACAUUUCAAGUUCUGGAAUGGCACAGUCUUCCUGCUCAUUGCUGUUUUCCUCUCUUACCCUCCCUUAGGAGCCAACAAAUAUGAUGAAGCUGCUGGUUAUAUCCAGAGCAAAUUUGAAGAUCUGAACAAGAGGAAGGAUUCCAAGGAGAUCUAUACUCACUUCACCUGUGCCACUGAUACCAAGAACGUGCAGUUUGUCUUCGAUGCUGUCACUGAUGUCAUCAUCAAAAACAACCUGAAGGACUGUGGGCUGUUUUAGCUCUUCAGGUGGUAUCUACUGAAGAACACAGGAAGGAUUACUUGAACUGCGCCAUAUGAGGAAGAGGCUGGUGUUGAUGAAGGGAGGACUGCACCAUUUAACGACUUCUGCUUCUAAGUUUUGUUUCAUUCUUUUUAAAUUUUCCUAAUGACAGAGCUGUGGAGGUUCCUCCUGUCCAAAGGGCAGGCUGCAUCGCUUUUCUCGCUCAUUGCUGUCCCACCUGCCCCCCGUAGGCCAUUUGUAUCCUCUCCCUGUGCCCAGAAAGCCUUAUUCAAGCGCCAACGAUUGCUGGCCUGCCAUAGCUGUAUUGUUUUCAUGAUUUUUCCCCUCGUUUUAAAAAAGGCAGAAGUUCAAAGGUAAAAAGAUCAGGGUGCUUGGGACAUAUUUUUCAGGCUCUUUCCUUUUUUGUCUUGUACCCCUCCCCCACUUUGUAAGACAUGAGAGAUUUUUCUAGUCCAAACAACCCUUUAUCGGCUCUGCCAAAGCACUCACUAACCAUGCAUUUUUCACCUUCCGUCAGGAGGAGCUCUUGCUUGCGGAGCAAGCCUCUCAGCUCCUACCUCUGAAAUUUGCACACAGACCAGCAAGAAAACAAACAAACAAAAACAUUCCUCUAAAAGCCAAUUCGUGCAGGAAAAGUUAAUCUGCAUUGUUGUUUUUUAAAAAACAAGAAUCUUUUUUUAAAAAAACUUUUAUUUAAAAUGUCAAAUAGUAAACGGUCGAGUUGCCCCAAUAUGAGCUCACCUUCUCUAGUAAAUUUUGUGCCUUGAGGGUGUCUGUAUGUUUACAUCUGUUUCCUAGUUUGCUUCAGUGUGCGUUGUGUUUAGAUUUGAAUGAAAUGGAUUUCCUCUUUCCCCAGCCCUCCCUCCCCCUUUCUGCUGUGGUCCAGGCCAAGCUUUUUGUAAGGGGGUAGUGCCCAUGAGUUUUAAACAUGUUUCUUCCUGGCCACAGAAUUAGGUUCCUAAGGGCUAAGAUUCCACUAAGGACUAAGCAAUGUUGAUGUCAACUUCUUUCCAUUCCUUUGUGCCCUUCCCCAGGGUUUGGGGGUACUCCUGAGGUUGCUGUACUGUCAGGUCUAUUUUAAUGUAUUUUCUUAGCUCUAACUGUAGCGUCAGUUGAGGAAACACUGCUGUAUGUAAGCGACCCUACUGUCGGUGGGCAUCAGGGUCAUUAGUAACAGUCAGACGCAGCCUAGCUUUUAUCACAAUGUUUUACCAAAAUUGUUCACAUGGUUUGAAAUAAUAAAAAGGUAGAAAGAAAA